CAUAAUAUCUUCUUUGCAGAAUUAUUUGAAGACUAAAAAGAGUGAUAUUUUGGUUUCUAUUUUUCUGUUUAGGCUCUGAUGGGAUUAGCGCUCGGGUUGACAGAAGGGCAAGCUUUCCACGACUUCCUCACCGCGAUCAUCGCGACUACUCCUUCGCAAGAAUAAACCCGUCAAGUCGGCCCGCCUAUUUAGACUCCACUCCGAUGCGUCUCUCCCUUUUAUGCUCCGGAGAAGAGGAGCUGAUUUUCAAGUUAUGAUCCUGCACAGAGAACUAUAAUGGUGUCAAGUCUGCUAGCGGGGACCUUCUGAGAGAGUCGCAGACACAAGGAGUGCAACCAAGCAUGGAGUCGCCCAAAGAAGAACCCCGGGAGCAAAGACUCGUCCACCUCAAGGAGGAGUCCUGUGAAUGCGGCUUAGCCCACCUCACGGCAGCCAGUCCCUGUCUGAAGGGGGAAGACGACGAGGUGAGCAUCUCCCCUUUCAAAGAGGAAGGGUUUAAAGUGGAGCCGGUUGGCAUUAAACAGGAGGAUCGUGAGCACAUCCCCGUUAGCCUUCCACAGCCCAGCCGUCCUGCUGAAUCCAGUUUACAAGCAGGACGGCUUCCUCUUAGCCUGCCAUGUCUCGAAGUUCCAAAGCUGGAAGACGUCCCCCAGGCGAUGUGUGACGGGACAGAAGCGAAGGAGCAGCAGCUGGAAACACCCUUACAAGAAAGGGGCAUCUUCCUGACAUCUUCCUUGUCUCUGCCCUCCUUCCAACAGAGAAUACACGAUGACAAAAUGAAGGGAUUGACAUCAGGGUCGGCGCGUUUGGUCCCGGUCUCUUUGCAGUAUAGUUUUCUGCCUGUUAUGAAGUUAACGAGGAUAGAUGCCGUGAGUGCUCAACAGGUGUACGGCGCAAGCCCCGUGCUUUUGUGCAUCUCCCAGGAAGGGGGGAACGUUUCUAAACACAAAACCGAUGAUGAGAAUAACCAGUGGAACCAAGAGCGACAGAAGCCAUAUUGCUGCGCGGAGUGUGGCAAACGAUUCUCCCAUAAAGGCAACUUUCAGAACCACCAAAGAAUUCACACUGGGGAGAGACCUCAUCGUUGUACUCGAUGUUUCAAACGAUUCUCGCAAAUCAGCCAUCUGCAGAAACACACAAGAAUCCAUACGGGAGAGAGGCCUCACGGUUGUACCCGAUGUGGUAAACGAUUCUCGCAGUUAGGCCAUCUGCAGAGACACUCAAAAAUUCACAUUGGGGAGAGCCCUCGUGCUGCCCAGGGUGUAGUUAAGGAUUUUAAGACGUCGGUGACCUUCACCGCCACAUAGGAGUAAGUACUGGGGGGAGAGAGAGCGUAUUUCUGAUCGGAAUGUGGCAAACGAUUUUCACACCGUCUGGAGAGGGCUUUGCAGACUUCACACCAGAGCACAGUGAUUCACAAUGGAGGAGACUGUCAAACAAAUGUACCUCGUGCACAGAAUGAACCGUACGACAUAACGAGUCCAGUGGCCACUUGAAGAUAACCAGGAGGUCAGGUAAUGCCACAUCCUAAUCCAGGUUUUCAUAAUCUGUAAAGACAUUAAGUAAGUAGAUCCAGCUGCAUUCUUGUAAUUUAACAGUGGAUUGCAUAUUUGAGCGUACCGGAAGAACUUCUUUACAUGGAGCGUUGUGGGAAUCUGAAACAAACUACCGAGACCCCGUGAGGGCCUUUAGGAAGGAGACGCUGGGACAGCUUUAGCACUUCGCUGAACACACCAGCGACCGACGGACUGAACGGACUCCUCUCGGUUCUCCGAUGUCUUCUGUUCUCGCUGCUGCUUUUACCUACCGAGGCACGUGCACAAAACUGCAGUCCACAAAGCUCAAGAUUCCCCUUUUUUAAGGAACGGGAAGGGCGAAAGCGCAGCGCAACUGAAAUGACUGAAGAGAGCGUUUCACCGCCGUCUUUUAAUAGUAAGCACAGCCAGGGCGGGUGGGGUUGAAUCUGAAAAAAAAAAAAAAAAAAAUGAACCCCAAUAAAGACUGUAAGCAAAACCCCCUUUGGUUUGCUGGUCGCAGUGGAUGCCUUUCAAUUCAAGUCGCAGCAGGUUAGCGUGGUUAGGAAGAUCUUGGAACGGGUGGGCUUUGUGAUGGUAGGAGACUUUGACUGUGGUGGGCUUGGUGGUGCCCAAUAGGGGCGCAAUUUCAGGAAUAACACAAACUUCACAACUUUAAUUUGUCUCCCCCCUCACUGAACCAGCCCCCCCAACACACACACACACACACCCUCCUUCUUAGUGUUUAAUAUCUAGAUAGAUACAUUAUUAAUCCCAAGGGGACAUUCCCAUACUCCAGCAGCAGCAUACUGAUAAAGAACAAUAUUAA